AUGGCUGAAGUACGAGCCCACCGUUUCAUGAAGGACAUAGCUGAUUUUACCAAGCACGCCAUCGACGGAAUAUGCUUGACAGAUUAUGAUACGAUCGGUAUGCGAUUCAUUGAAGUUAGCGUGGUAGGACCAGCCGAAUCACCAUAUGCUGGAGGUACCUUUGAUGUCCGCUUGAACCUGCCUCUUGAUUUUCCAUUUCAGGCGCCCAAGGUUUACAUGUCUACUACGAUUUGGCACCCCAACAUAUCCUCUGUUGGUAGAGUGUGUGUUAGCGUUCUCAGUUCUUGGUCUCCUGCUACAACCCUUCUUGAAGUUUCUGAGGCUAUUCAUGGGUUGCUCGCCGACCCAAAUCCUGAUUUACCACUUAAUAUGGAGGCUGCACGGAUGCUGGAUACAGAUAAAGCCAUGUAUGAGGCUAUAGCGAAGAUGUGGAUGUGGAUGUGUUAG